AUGGAUUUUAGUAAAAAAUAUAAUAAUCCAAAUCCAGUUGUAAAAGCGAAUAUACUGUCAAAAUUAUUUUUCUUAAUAUUAGUACCAAUUUAUUUGGCCAACUUGUUACGAUAUUUUAACGACACUAAUAGAGACAAGGAUGAAGCGUAUUUGAUUGCAACAAAAUUGCUUUUAGUUCAAUUUGUAAAUGCUAUAUUUUUUUCUUUUUACAAUCAAGGAAUGAAUCUAAUCGGCAUGCAAAUCCGAGUAGCAUGUUGUUCGCUUAUGUACCGUAAGAUGUUACGAUUGAGUCAUACUAGUCUUGGACAAACGUCUAUUGGGAACAUUAUAAACUUAAUGUCAAACGAUGUAAAUCGUUUUGAUCUAGCAGUUAUGCAUUUGCAUUAUAUUUGGUUAAUGCCAAUUCAAGCUGUGAUAUUAACAUAUUUUACGUAUAAUGCGUGUGGAUUAGCAGCAUUUGCAGGUGUUGCUGUUAUUGCAGCACAAGCAGUUCCUUUGCAAGGUUACUUAUCGAAAAAAAAUGCACAAAUGCGUGGUCCAAUUGCUCAACGUACUGAUGAAAGAGUGCGGCUUAUGAAUGAAAUUAUUAGUGGAAUUCAAGUGAUCAAAAUGUAUGCUUGGGAAAAACCAUUUGAACUGUUAGUACAACAGGCUAGAAAAGCUGAAAUCGAUUUAUUAUUAAUUACGUCGUACUUUCAAGGGUUUUCUUUUGCAUUAAUGGUGUAUACAGAACGAUUAUCUUUAUAUGUUACCAUUGUUGCCUUCGUUUUAUUGGGAAAUAAUUUAACUGGGGAUGUAGUCUUCUCCUUGGCUCAAUUCUUUCAUUUGCUUCAAGCGUAUGUUGCCAUAUUUUUUCCCACAGCAUGUUUUUUUGGUGGUGAAGCUUUAAUUUCUAUAAAACGUAUUCAAGAAUUUCUGCUUCAAGAAGAAAAUACAGAUAUAAAAUAUAUUGAAUCAUCUCCGAACGAUUUAAGAGAUAAUAAAAAAAAUGAUGAUGCAGACAUCGAAAGCGUUAAGGAAUCCAUUGACGAAAAACUUGGUGGGGUAAAAUUAAAAAAUGUUAAUGCAUCGUGGGUCGACACACAAAUUGAAUCAACAUUAACUGAUAUUACAUUUCAAUUAAAACCAGGACAAGUAUGUGCUAUUAUUGGAACCGUUGGUUCUGGUAAAAGUUCUAUUCUUCAAUUACUCCUAAAAGAACUUUCUAUUACUUGUGGAACGCGAGAAGUUCAUGGAAAAAUAUCGUUUUGUUCACAAGAACCAUGGCUGUUCCAAGGUAGCGUUCGCAAUAAUAUUCUAUUUGGAUUACCGUUCGAUGAUAUUCGAUAUCGAAGUGUGGUUGAUGUUUGUGCAUUAAAUAAAGAUUUUGAACAGUUUCCACACGAUGACAAAACAUUGGUUGGAGAUCAUGGUUCUUCGUUAAGUGGAGGACAAAGGGCUCGAGUAAAUUUAGCACGAGCUGUUUAUCGUAAAGCGGACAUUUAUUUAUUUGAUGACCCAUUAAGUGCCGUCGAUACUCACGUUGGAAAACAUUUAUUCGAGAAUUGUAUACAAAAAUAUUUAAAAAAUAAAACAAGAGUUUUAGUAACGCACCAACUACAAUACAUUGAAACUGCCGAUUUGAUCAUCGUGUUAAAUAAUGGUCGUAUUGAGAAAAUGGGAACUUGGAGCGAAAUAUCUAAAGAUGCAUCUAUUUUAGAAGAAAUUCAAAGGUCAAGUGAAGAAACUGAGAAACUGACUGGAGAAGUUAAAGAGGAAGAAUGCUCAGCAGCUUCAGAUCAAGAUGUUAUUAAUGACGAUGAAGAUGAAGCCCAAGAAACGCAAGAAUUUAUGGAGAAAGGUUUGGUACGCCGUAGUGUUUUUUGGAAAUAUUUACGAGCACGUGGGAGCCUUUGUUUUCUCAUAUAUUUAAUAGUUUUGCUCUUAAUCGGACAAAUUGCGAGCAAUUGUUCUGAUUUUUGGGUUGCAAUAUGGACAAACAAUGAAAAUAUUAGACGGAGCUUUUUUGAAUUAAUUGGUGACAACACAACAAGCUCUACGCCUAUAAAUGUAACAACUGUGAUAAAUUCUACAAUUGUAGCAAAUGAUACACUUUUAAGUAAAUAUGCAGACUAUGUUAUAAUUCAACAAGAAUACAGCAUCUAUAUUUACAGCAUUUGUAUAGCUUUAAGUGUAUUCUUUUUGACGUACAGUCGAUUAGUUUUCUUUAAGCUAUGUAUGAAUAAUUCUAUUGGUUUGCAUGAUAUCAUGUUUAAUAAUAUUUUACAAUCAACGAUGAGAUUCUUUGAUACAAACCCAACAGGUCGUAUUUUAAAUCGAUUUUCAAAAGAUAUGGGAGUUGUCGACGAACAUUUACCAAGAUCAUUGUUAUUUACGCUUCAAGUAUUUUUAGUAAUGGCAGGAAUUAUUUUUAUGGUUUGUAUUGUUAAUCCGACUAUGGUUUUAGCGACUUUUGUUAUGGGUAUCUUAUUUUAUGUUUUGUACUAUAUUUAUAUAAACACUGCACAAGAUUUGAAACGAAUUGAAGGAAUAACACGUAGUCCAGUAUUUUCCCAUGUAAGUGCAUCGCUGGAUGGUAUUACAACAAUACGAUCUUGUGGCGGACAAAGUAUUUUAGCUAAAGAAUUUGACAACCAACAAGACGUUCACACUGCUGCCUCGUAUUUAACAGUCGCUACAGGUACAGCAUUCGGUUGUUGGUUGGAUUGUGUUAGUGUUUCAUUUUUAACUGCACUAAUAUUUAGUUUCAUUUUAAUGGAUGAUGGUACAACAUUUGGAGGUAAUGCUGGUUUAGCCAUUUCUCAAGCAUUGAUUUUAACCGGUAUGCUUCAGCUUGGUAUCCGACAAACUGCUGAUGUUUUGAAUAAUUUAACAAGUGUUGAACGAAUUUUACAAUAUACAAAAUUAGAAAAGGAAGGUCCGUUUGAAUCGGAACCAGGCAAGAAACCAGUUGCUGCCUGGCCACAAGAUGGAAAAAUUGAAUUUAAACACACUUAUUUGAGUUAUAAUCCUAAAGGCGAAACAGUUUUGAAAGAUUUGAAUUUAGAAAUUAAAGCUGGUGACAAAAUUGGAAUUGUGGGUCGGACGGGAGCAGGAAAAUCAUCUUUAGUGAAAGCUAUCUUCCGCUUACCACAUCUAGAAGGUGAAAUUGAAAUUGAUAAUAUUGCGACAAAAUCAGUGGGAUUAACAGAUCUACGUUCUCGAAUAUCAAUUAUCCCUCAAACUCCAGUAUUAUUUUCGGCAACAUUAAGGGAUAAUUUGGAUCCAUUUAACAAGAGUGAUGAUUCAAGUUUAUGGCAAGCAUUGGAAGAGGUUGAACUUAAAGAUUUAGGAGAAAGUCUGGAUUAUAAAGUAAACGAAGGUGGUUCCAACUUCAGUGCUGGCCAACGGCAACUUUUAUGUUUGGCCCGAGCUAUUGUUCGGAAUAAUAAAAUUCUUAUUUUGGAUGAAGCUACAGCGAACGUUGAUCUUAAAACUGAUUCGUUAAUUCAAACUACAAUUCGAAAGAAGUUCGUGGAUUGUACGGUAUUAACAAUUGCCCAUCGAUUAAAUACAAUUAUGGAUUCAGACAAGGUGAUUGUUAUGGAAGCAGGACGUAUGGUUGAAUAUGAUCAUCCGCAUAUAUUGUUACAACAUAAUAAUGGAUAUUUCACAAAAAUGGUUGCCGAAACUGGUCAAAACAUGGAAAUACAUUUACGCCAAGCGGCUAAAGAAGCGUUUGCAAGGAAAUUUAAAAGCGAAUAUUAGUAUUAUUAUAAAACAAAUUUAAAG